AAAAAAUUAAAAAAAGAAGAAGAUUUUCGUGUGGAAUUAUCCAACCAUGUAUACUGAUAUAUGUUGUCGAAGUAAUAAUUAGUAUACGUUUAGCUUGUUUGCGGUGUUGUUUAGGUUGGCAAGAUUCCGCUUUGAGCAAGUGUGAGAGGCGCUGUGUGAGUUGGAUUUGAGGUUGCAAUUAAGGCAAUGGCGAUGCGCCUCGCGGCUGUUGUGGCGGUGGUCUAUGUUAUGCUGAUUGAGUACAGUGCGACGGCGAUGUACUCGUCGCGGCUAGUCCACAGAUUCUCCGACGAGGUGAGGAAGCAUAAGGAGUCGAGAAACGGAGCGUGGCCGGAGCGUAGGAGCUUGGGGUACUACCGGAGUCUGAUCAGCAGCGACGCACGGCGGCAGAAGAUGAAGCUCGGCCCUAAGUUCCAGCUUGUGUUCCCUUCUCAAGGAAGCAAAACUUUGCCUCUUGGAAAUGAGUUUGGAUGGUUACAUUACACAUGGAUUGAUAUCGGAACUCCACAUGUUUCGUUUCUCGUCGCAGUGGAUGCUGGAAGUGAUCUACUUUGGCUUCCGUGUGAUUGCAUACAAUGCGCUCCUUUAUCAGCAAGUUACUAUAGCAGUCUGGAUAAGGAUCUAAAUGAAUACGAUCCCUCGGGAUCGAACAGCAGCAAGUACCUGUCGUGCAGCCACCAAUUAUGCGAAAAGAGUUCUACCUGCAAAAGCUCUAAACAACCGUGCCCGUAUACUGUUAACUACUAUUCAGAUGCAACAUCGACGUCUGGAUUACUGGUUGAAGAUAUAAUCCAUCUAACAUCAAACAAGAAUAAUGUAUCAAACAAUUCCCUUCGUGCUGCUAUCAUUUUAGGAUGUGGUAGUAAGCAAAGCGGCAGUUACUUGAAUGGCGUUGCGCCUGAUGGUCUGAUGGGUUUGGGCCCGGGAGAAAUUUCAGUUCCAAGUCGUCUUGCCAAAGCAGGGUUAACCCGGAAUUCAUUUUCUCUAUGUUUCAAAGAAGACGAUUCUGGAAGGAUAUUUUUCGGGGACCAAGGGAUAUCCAACCAGCAAACUACUCCCUUUCUGCUUUCGGAUGGAAAAUAUGUAACAUAUGUUGUUGGUGUGGAGAUGUGUUGCGUUGACAGCACCUGUCUACAGCAGACGAGUUUUAAAGCGCUGGUAGAUAGCGGUACUUCGUUUACGUUUCUUCCAAAUGAAAUAUAUGACAAAGUUGUACAAGAGUUUAACAGACAAGUAAAUGCUGCCAAAACUAGAUUUGACGGCUAUCCUUGGGAAUAUUGCUACAAAUCCAGUUCAAAAGGUUUGCCAAAGGUGCCGUUACUGGCUCUUAAUUUUGGGUUGAACAACAGUUUUGUAGUCCAAGAUCCCAUCGUUGCAAUUUAUGGCACUCAGGGUUUAGCUGGGUUUUGUUUAGCUGUGCAACCCAUCAGAGGAGAUAUUGGAAUAAUUGGGCAAAACUUCAUGACUGGAUAUCGAAUGGUAUUCGAUAGAGAAAAUCAGAAAAUGGGCUGGUCACGUUCAGACUGUCACGACUUCGCUGAUGAUACAGAGAGCGCUUCCAGUGGCCGCUUGCCUAACCCGUUGCCUGCAAUCGAGCAAGCAAAUGCAUCGGGUAAUCAUGGAGUUGCUCCUGCAGCUGUUGGGGGAAGUACACCUUCAAAAGCUAAUGCCAUGAUCAAAUACCAACUUUUUCUGGCAAAUUUUUUCCUUUUUUCAGUGCUUUCUUCACACAAUCCUUUUAGGACGCUUUUGUUAAUGUUCUAGGGUGGGCCGUAAUAUUCCAGUUGAUCCCCAACCCCGAGAGCUCCCCACCUCCAAGACUUACCUCACUCGAGCGUUUGCACCACUGAACUCUCUCCCGGGAGCAGUAGCAAUCCCGGCCCCUAUAGGUUGAUAUUUUGUGUAGUUUUACAUAUCCUUAAUUUUAAAGGGUAAACUAUCAAAACUUGGCCGUCUGUGUGGGAGUUACACUUAAUGUGGUGGACUUCUUGUGAGCGCUAAACACUAGUCUCCCUACCUAAGAGACUGCUGAGUUAUAGUAAUUUACCUAUCGAACAUGAGUGUGGGGCGAUUGAGGCAAGUAUAAAGAGUGUAAUGAUUUGUGUAUAGAAAAUCAUGAAUUCAAAGGUUUGCCUGUUUAUGGCAUGACCACCCUACAGCCUAUAUGGCUAUAAGAUUCCGUCACCUAACAACCUUAGUGGAUUGAGGUUGUUUCUUAUAUUUAAUGCCAACCUUUAUAGAUGUGUUGUUGGACGUACAUUAGCACAUAGGACACCCUGCUUCUUCGGAUCGUGUUGUAAAAGACAUAACAUUAUAUUAGUUAAUGGAUUUUUUAUUUUUGGAAUAA